GCAUUUGCGAAGAAAGUCGAUCUCCUCGAAGGGGAACAGAUUCAAAAUGAUUCGAGGAAUAUUAUUGCUGUCAUUUUUCAUCGCGGUUUGCAGAACAGUUGAAUUUGGAGAUAACCUUUACCUUAUCACAUCACCAUAUACAUAUCCCGCUGACAAAAAUGUAACAGUGACUGUGGAUGUUUUUGGUUCAAAAUCUUGUAAUGUCACACUGCGACUAAAAAAAGGAAACAUUCAUAUUACAACUGGAGGAACUGUAAAACCUGGAGUGAGAGGAGAAUUUACUUUAAAAAUACCAUCUCAUCAAUUACACCGUUACCAUUGGAGAAAUACGUUUGAGUUCACCGCAACCAUCUGUGGAGAGAAGACAAAGACUAAAAGGGUGCGUGCAGUGGCUACCAAGAAGAGCAUUAUUUUUAUCCAAACUGAUAAACCUGUUUACAAGCCAGGACAAAAAAUUCGAAUGCGCAUAAUAUCUUUGGAUAAAGAUUUGAAACCCAAAGGAGAAAGAGUGGACAAAGUUUAUGUGACAGCUUCUUCCACAAGAAUCAAACAAUGGAAUAAUAUAACAAUGGAAGACGGACUGGCAAGUUUGGAGAUGCAAUUAUCAAAAGAACCAGUAGAAGGAGAUUACAAAAUAACAGCUAUUGUUGGUAUAGAAAAAAAAGUUCAAAAAAUCGUCGUCAAAAAAUAUGUUCUUCCGAAAUUUGAAGUGAAGAUUACACCACCAUCAUAUAUAGCUUUGGAUCAGAAAAACUUUGACACAAAAAUAUGUGCAAAGUAUACUUAUGGAAAAAAUGUGAGAGGAAUUUUGACUGCAGAAAUAUGUUUGAAGCAACGAGGAUAUCGAUGGUUAAGAAACCCCUACACAGCCUGUCAGACGAUUACAAAGGAGAUUGAUGGCUGUACUGAUAUUGUUACAACACGUGAGGCUUUGAAUGUUGCUGAUUUGAUGAAUAUAUGGAAUGCUGAAUUUGUGAUUAAAGCGAAAGUUAAUGAAAAUUUAACUGGAGUGACACUUGGAGGCCAUGCAGAGACAACACGGUUUUAUGAACGGUCUGUGUUGUUAUCCUUUGCUGGAAGUUCAGAAAAGUUCAAACCUGGUUUACCAUACAAAUAUGUGCUUAAAGUGACUCAACCUGACGGAAACCCAAUCACAGGAGCAAAUGUUCGUGUCAGUGUAAAGCAACGCCAUUCCGGAUCAAAGAUUUACGAGAGAAACUUCACCGUAAAAAACGGUUUUGUUGACGACGUUCUGGAGAGCAAAACUUUAAAUUCAAAUAACCUUGUGUUUAGGGCUGAAUUAUUGGAUCCAAGUCCAUAUUCAAUUGAAAAAAACAGCCGAGUUUCUGCUUAUAAAUCCGUAGAACCAUGGUAUUCGCCAAGCUUUAGUUACCUAGAGAUAAUUAAGGAAACAAAGACUCCAGUUAAGAUUGGCAAAGAAGCUCCUCUUAUUGUCCGUUACACAGUACGAAAUGACACGGGAAAAGACGUCAAAUUUUUAUACACUGUGAAAUGUAGAGACUUUACGAAAAGUGGAGUGUAUAAUGUAACCCAUGACUAUAUUAAGGAGAUUAAGAAUACAGAAAGUCCAUUAACAACAACCAUGACAACAAUAAUGGACACAGACUUAACAACAGACGAAACAAUGUUCAAUACAGAAGCAACAACACCACCACAAUUGUUAAUCAAACGAAGACGUAAGCCUGAUGUAGUUUACACAAUGGACUCAAAGCCAAUUGUCGAGAAAUUUCAGUUAAAGAUUCCAGUGACAAUAGACAUGAUGCCAUCGUGUCAUGUGAUCGUUUACUACGUAAGAAAAGACAAGGAAGUUGUAGCUGAUUCACUUAAUUUUGAUGUUGAAGAUAAAUUAAAGAAUGAGGUGUCAGUAAGUUUUGAAGAAAAAGAGAAAAAACCAGGUGAAAAAACAAACUUCAUAUUGAAAGCUUCACCUGGAUCACGGGUUGCCUUCGUUGCUGUAGAUAAAAGUGUUCACUUAUUGAAAGAUGGAAACGAGUUGACGAAAGAAAAGAUUCGUCCAUUUCUUAAAACAUAUACACGAGCUGCUCCAGAGGCUUGUGAUUAUUGGUUUUGGGGAAAAAGAAAGCGUAGCAUAGCACCAUACUGGGAUAGUUCCUACCAUGAUGCUUCAUAUGCUUUUAGUAAUGUUGGUUCAGUAUAUCUGAGCAAUUUACAAGUGGAAACAAAGUCUUGCCCAAAAAUUGUACCAAUUGUACCAGUCAGUCUAUCAUUAAGUAGAGUAGUAGUAUAUGAGCGUGUAACAGAGGGAAUCAUGCGAUUCAAGAACAAACGUCCGAGAGUUCGAAAAAAUUUUCCAGAAACAUGGUUGUGGGCUGACGAGAAAAUUGGUGAAACUGGUGAGAAAGUUGUUCAAAUAACGGUACCUGAUACCAUUACAACAUGGGUAGCAAAUGGUUUUGCAAUGUCAUCAAAAAAAGGAUUGGGAAUUUCUGAUACAGCAACAAUAAAGGCAUUUCAACCAUUCUUCGUUCAAAUGACGCUACCUUACUCUGUAAUCAGAGGAGAAGAAAUUCCAGUUACCGUAACAGUAUUUAACUAUCUUUCUGCCUGCACAGGUAUCCGACUUCAGUUAAAUCAUCGAUCACUCGACUAUAAAGUGACGUCAUAUCACAUCCAAAAGCUCUGCGUGUGUGGUGAUUCAGGUCAAUCUGUCAAGUUUAGUAUCAUUCCUCUAAAACUCGGUCACAUUCCUCUCACGGUCACAGCAACGUCAUCAUCAGCCAAGUUAUGUCCAAGUUCUUCUGUGAUUGUACAAGAUGCAGUCACUAGGAAACUUUUAGUGGAGCCUGAAGGAAUUCGAAAAGAGUACACUCAAAGUACAUUUUUUUGUCCUAAAGACAAGGAAUAUUCAGAAGUAUUUGAUCUUAAAUUACCAAAAAAUAUAGUUCCUGGUUCAGUCUAUCCUACAGUGACUAUCAUUGGCGAUAUUAUGGGUCCUGCUUUAAACAAUUUGGAAAAUCUACUGCGCAUGCCUUAUGGAUGUGGAGAACAGAACAUGGCCAACUUUGCACCCAAUAUUUACAUCAUGGAUUAUCUUAAGAAAACUGGUCAAAUUACUGAGAGCAUAAAAGAAAAAGCUGUUAACUUUAUGGAAAUAGGUUAUCAAAGAGAAUUAAGAUACAAGCGAGACAGUGGUUCAUACAGUGCCUUUGGUAAUAGUGAUGAUGCAGGAAGCAUGAUGUUGACAGCUUUCGUUGUUCGAUCAUAUGCCCGUGCAAGGAAGUAUAUUUUUGUUGAUGAUAAUGAAAUAAAAGACAGUGUGAAAUGGUUUGAAAAUAAACAAAAGAAAAAUGGAUGUUUCCCACAACAUGGACGACUCUUUCAUCGUGGAUUACAGGGUGGUGUUGAUAGUGAAGUUACUCUUACAGCAUAUGUAACAACUGCAUUACUUGAAGCUGGAUGGUCAACCAACUCUACAAUAGUUUCCAAAGCAUUAUCAUGCAUUGAAAAUCAUCUGGAGUCUAUCAAUGAUACUUAUGCAACUGCUCUCAUAUCUUACACCUUUGCUUUGGCUAAACAUAAUGAAACUUUAAACAUGUUGACAUUGUUGAGAAGAAAAGCGAUAAAGAACGGUGACUUGAUGUACUGGAAGAGUAACAAUGCAAAAUCACAGACGGCAUAUUUUCAUUACUACAAACCAUCUGCAGAAGUUGAAAUGACAGCGUAUGCCUUGUUGGCUAUUCUUGAGUACAAUAAAGAUAAUUUUGUGUUGAAUGACGAGUUAAUGGAUAUUAUUCGUUGGUUAUCCAAACAAAGAAACCCAUAUGGUGGCUUUGCUUCAACUCAGGAUACUUGUGUUGCUUUACAAGCUUUAGCUACCUUUGCUGGAAAAGCUUACGGAUCCAAUGCUGACUUUAGAUCAACUUUGUUAACAGGAUCAUUGAAGAUGGGCAACUAUUAUAAACAUGACUUUAGUAUUACACAGGAAAACAAACUGACAUUACAAAUGAUUGAGUUACCACCAAAAUUAGUUCCCGGAAAACUGAACAUAUCAAGUCAAGGCAAAGGUUGUGCUUUAACACAGGUUUCAUUGAAGUAUAAUGUACCAGAACCUGAAGAUGUUCCAGCAUUUGAAAUCAAAGUUGAUGUUCGUACUCGACGAUCUUUACCAGAAGAAGCAAACUCAGCUUGUUAUCCACUUAAACUUGAAAUCAAAGUAAUAUGGUUGAAAGAAGAUGUUUCCAAUAUGGCUGUUGUCGAUGUCAAGUUGAUGACUGGGUUCAGCGUGAUUGAAGCUUCUUUAAAGAAGCUGCGAGUUGAUAAAAAUUUGAACUUCAAACGUUUUGACAUCGAUGCACAAAAUGUUCAACUUUACUUUGACGAGAUAAAGAAUGUGACUUUCUCCAUUGAUGUACACCAAGACACUUUGGUAAAAAAACUAAAACCUGCAGUUGUUAAAGUUUAUGAUUACUAUGAACCAGAAAAUCAAGCAAAAGUUAUGUAUAAGAUAAGAGAGGCUGAUUGCUAUGGAAACAGAAUCAUUAGGGAAUGUCCAAGAUGUUUAACACUGCCUGACAUACAUAAAGUGAUCAAAGCUACAGUAGCAUGCAACAGUACUGUGACACGAAUGACGUCGAGGAAUGGCCAUUUAAUGGUUAUAAAAGCAUUUUCUCGUGACACAAAGAAAAAGAGCAAGAAAAUAAUUAAGAAAGAAUUAGAAUAUCGUAUUUCUGAUUUCUGUCCUUGCGAUGAAAUUUAUGAAGGAAAACGUUCUAUUAUGAUUGGUGGAAACAGUUAUUUUAAAGAUAUUGAAGGUGACAAGACAAUGAUUAUGUUGAAUGGUGAGACGACAAUCCUCAAAUAUACAGGAAAAUCAAUGAAACCAAACAUAAAGAAAAUGAACAAAAUGUUGAAAGCUUGCAGACGUGGCGGAAUGUAAUUAAGAAAAUGGAUGGGGGGUUUUUUAACUUUAAAGACGUUUGUGUUUUUGUUUUUUAUAACGUAAACAAAGAAAAGUAGUUUGAUGGUGAAUUUUUUGUAUUUGAUGAGUUAUGACUACCACAUUAAAAUUUUUUUAUCUCAAGUUGAUCUCACGAACUUCUGUGAAGCCGUUAUUAUAAGCGAAGCAAACUUAGCAAGGAACGGGAAACGAAUUUGUAUUAGAAAAACAAUUGCUCACCAUAAAUAGCCAUUUUGUACGAAAUUAUAGUUUAUUGAUUGUAACGUUUCGUCAUUACACAAGACAUCAUCAUUCCAGUAAUUAAAA